AUGCACAUUUCUUCGCUCCUUCCACUCUGCGCUGCUGGUGCUGCCUAUGCGCAGGCAACGUCAAAAUGCACUACCACGAUCACAAGGACGACAAGUGUGCCGACGUCGACAAAAGGUAGCGCCGCUGGACCUCCCAGCACACUUCUACCAUCAUACGCCUGGAUCCGUGCAGUAGAGACACCGAACUACCACAGCUACCUCCAGUCCAACCCCCCUCUAGCCACUGCAAGCGCUAUCCUCGGCCCCAACACUUCCGCAGGCCAAUUCAAGCUCGUAGCAGGCCAGCUCGAGUACGCUCAAGAUGGCUCCGGCUCGAAAGUCCUCUACGCCAGCGUCGGCACACCAGCCAGCGCAUCCGCCACGAUUUUACCCGUGAGCUUCUCGUCUCAGCCAGGUGCGCAUGGUACCUUCGCGUACUCGGGCGAUACUCUGCAGUGGACUACUUCGGAGUACAAGAGACCGAACCCUGGGGCGUGGCUGGUGUGUGCCAACCACAGCUUGUUCAUCAAUCUUGGGAAUUAUGGGUAUCAGACACCAACUGGAUGCAAUGAUGCUACUAUUCAUUCCUAUGGCAACUCGAUUGCCGAUGUUUGA